AUGCCUGACGAAAUAGUAGGUGCUAGGACCGAGAGGAAGUCCCUUCAAUCAGUUUAUUACCGUGAUUUAUUAGGCACAAACAUUGCCCCCUCGUCCCUGGAUUCUUCGGUCGCGGCCUGGGCAGAAGCCGAAUGGAUUCCAAGGGAUGGACCCUUUGCAUUCCUCCUGAAGUGA